AUGGACACGUUUUUCCGCCGUCACUUUAAGAGGAAGGACGCUGCACUGCAGGUGGAAGCUGAGGCCACUUCCUGCCGCCAGCGAAGGCCCAGCGUGGCCGUCCCCACCAGUAAGGCCCGCCGCCGGUCCAACGUCGGCCUCCCUUCCUCCACCCUGACCCAGCGGCGACGGUCCAGUGUCCAGCUGCAGGGUGCGUUGCCCUGUGCGGGCGGGGGGCGUUUGGCGAAAGCAUCCAGACACAGCAGGUUGGCAGGACACGGUCGCAGGCGCUCCAGCACCACCACUCCCAGCCUGAACCCGAGGUUCGCCGUGAGCAGGAAGAAGGUGGGGAAGCUGCGGACCAUCGACACCCACCUACUGGGGCCGUCCAUGCUGCUGGCCAGUCUCAUCCAGAUGGCUGAGGAGGAGGAGGAGGGGCUGGGGGCGGGGCUGCCGACUGGAGAGCAGCAGGUGGAGGUGAGGGGCGGGGCCAACAACAGGAGGAUGUUCUCACGCUCCAGCAGCCUCCACUCAGACGGAGAUGAGGACAGUGACGAUUACUCCAGCAAUGACGACAGCCAAUCAGAAGCCAGUCAGCCGUCGGAGGCGGAGCAGCUGGCCGAGGAGGAAGACGACGCCUCCUGGUCCCCUGAUGGACACGUCUCUCACUCCUCCACCCUGGAGGUGAUGAGAAAGGCCCCCCAGCUGCCGGCGCCCUCGCGGCCCCUGAUCCGGGCCCCUCGCUGCCUCCGCAGGAACUCAUCUCAGGUGUGUUCAGGUGACUCGGCUCCUUACAGCCGCUGCCGCGCCCCCAGCCAGAGGAGAAGGAGGAAGAUCUCCACCAUCUCCAAAGCUGGGAGCCCCUGGCCUGGGAGAGGGCCCCCGCUGCCCAGCCGCAGGGCCUCAGUCUACUACCUCACCCACCCGGCCUUCUACAGGGGCCCCGGGGCCCUCAGUCCUCUGGGGGCCCACGGCUACGACUCCCGCCUGGAGAGCUGGAGUGCCUUCCUGCUGAAAGCCAUCGCGAAGUCAGGUCUGCAGCAUGCGGCGACUCAGCCAAGCAUCUCAACGUCCAGUCAGAGCGACCCGCUGCAGGAGCCCAGUAGCACCGUGGACUGGAGCGACAAUGCCCAGUUCGGGGACCACAUCUGGUUUGAGACCAGUGGGUCUGGAGACUUCUGUUAUGUUGGAGAGCAGUACUGCGUCGCCAAGUCGCUGCAAAAGUCUGUGGCGAGGAAGAAGUGUGCCGGGUGUAAGAUCUCAGUCCACACCAUGUGUAUGGAGCAGCUGGAGAAGAUCAAUUUCAGGUGCAAGCCAUCGUUCAGAGAACCAGGAUCUCGAGCCAUUAGAGAGUCCAACGUGGUGAGACAUCACUGGGUCCACAGGAGACGUCAGACAGGGAAGUGUCGACAGUGUGGGAAGGGUUUUCAACAGAAGUUCUCGUUCCACAGUAAAGAGAUUGUUGCGAUCAGCUGCUCGUGGUGUAAACAGGCGUAUCACAACAAGGUGACAUGCUUCAUGCUGCAGCAGAUAGAGGAGUGUUGCUCUCUGGGCGCUCACGCUGCCGUCAUCAUCCCCCCUACCUGGAUCAUCAGGGUCCGUCGACCACAGUCGUCUCUGAAGUCCAGUAAGAAGAAGAAGAGGACGUCGCUGAAGUGCAACAAGACGAGUAAGAAGGGAUCUGAGCUCCAAGAUGGCCGCUGGAAGCCCUUCCUGGUGAAGCCCCUCCCAUCUCAGCUCAUGAAGCCUCUGCUGGUGUUUGUCAACCCAAAGAGCGGCGGGAACCAGGGAGCCAAGAUCAUCCAGUCCUUCAUGUGGUACCUGAACCCUCGACAGGUGUUCGACCUGACCAAGGGGGGGCCUAGAGAGGGGCUGGAGUUGUAUGCCAAAGUGCCCAACCUGAGGAUCCUGGCCUGUGGAGGAGACGGGACAGUUGGAUGGAUCCUGUCGGUCCUGGACCAGUUGAGCCUUCGUCCUCAGCCUCCCGUCGGGAUCCUUCCUCUGGGAACUGGUAACGACCUGGCUCGGACUCUGAACUGGGGCGGGGGCUACACUGAUGAACCCAUCACAAAGAUCCUGUCUCACGUUGAGGACGGAAACAUUGUCCAGCUGGACCGGUGGAACCUGAAUGUGGAGUCCAACCCCGAGGCGCGAGCAGAGGACAGGGACGAGCAUCAGACAGACAAGCUUCCUAUUGACGUCUUCAACAACUACUUCAGUCUGGGCUUCGAUGCUCACGUCACACUGGGCUUCCACGAGUCGAGAGAGGCGAACCCAGAGAAGUUCAACAGCCGCUUCAGGAACAAGAUGUUCUACGCAGGGACGGCCUUCUCUGACUUCCUGAGCGGGAGUUCCAAAGACCUCGCCAAACACAUCAAAGUGGUGUGUGAUGGGACAGACCUGACAGCCAAAGUCCAGGACCUGAAGCUCCAGUGUCUGCUGUUCCUCAACAUCCCCAGGUACUGUGCAGGCACCAUGCCGUGGGGUCACCCUAGUGAGCAUCAAGACUUUGAACCUCAGCGUCAUGACGACGGCUUCAUCGAGGUCAUCGGCUUCACCAUGACGUCUCUGGCCACGCUGCAGGUGGGGGGUCACGGUGAGCGUCUGCACCAGUGUAAAGAGGUGACCCUCACCACCUACAAGUCCAUCCCCAUGCAGGUGGACGGGGAACCCUGUAAACUGGCUCCGUCCGUGAUCCGCAUCAACCUGAGGAACCAGGCCAACCUGGUCCAGAAGACCAAGAGGAGGAUCUCCAUGCCCCACCUCAACGAUCAGCAGCCCCUCCCUGACACGCUGCAGAUCAGAGUGAACAGGAUCAGCAUGGCAGCCUACGAGGCUCUGCACUACGACAAGGACCAGCUGAAGGAGGCCUCCAUGCCGCUUGGAGUGAUCACCGUCCCCGGAGACAGUGACCUGGAGACCUGCCGCCUGCUCAUUGAGCGUCUGCAGGAAAACCUAGACCAGGACAGUGACACGAUGAGGGGGGAGUGUCUAUCUUCACAGAAACUGUCCCUGAAGUGGUGUUUCCUCGACUGUACGACUGCAGACCGCUUCUACAGGAUCGACCGAGCUCAGGAGCACCUGAACUACGUGACGGAGAUCUCUCAGGAGGAGCUCUACAUCCUGGAUCCGGAGCUCGUAUUAAAGGAGACCGUGGGCACCUCCCCUGGGAUGCCGGACCUGGUGGACUCAGAGGAGCACCAGGACCAGCAGAGACAGUUCGCCUUCCCCUGCUCCCCAUCCUCCCCCACCUCNGGGGGGGGGGGGGGGGGGGGGGGGUCAGUCUGUUGACCUCACGUUAACUAUAUUCUGCCUGCAUUAAACACAAUACAGCUAAUGGAGCUCCACCAGCAGGGGGCAGACCUGCUGUUGCAGGACGCAGCCGGCUGCACGCUACUGCAUCACGCCGUGCGGGUUGAGAGCAAAGAGAUCGUCAAGUACCUCAUCGACCACGUUCCCACGUCUCACCUGGACGUCACAGAGAGAGAGACAGGUGAGACAGCGCUCCACAAAGCUGCCACUUCCUGUCAGAGGAGCAUCUGUCACUACCUGGUGGAGGGCGGGGCAUCGCUCAUGAAGACAGACCUGCAGGGUGAGACUCCCAAACAGCACGCUGAGAGAGCCAGAGACCAGGACCUGGCUGAGUACCUGGAGAACCGCCAACAUUACCAGAUGAUCCAGAGAGAAGACCACGAGACGGCAGUCUGACCUCCGACCUGUCUGACCUCUGACCUGUCUGUCCUUAGCUCUUUCAUGUAUCUACUCCCAGCUCAGUGUGUAUAUCAGGGUCAAAGGUCGUGUUUUAACUCCUCAGACUGAAUGUAGUCCAUUACUCCUUCCUGUCUGUUCAAGACAGGAGGCUGGUAGACUGAUGACAUCAUGAUCAUCAGUUAUUGUUUUUGUAGACUGAUGACAUCAUGAUUAUCAGUUAUUGUUUUGAUCAAACUGCUUUAACUGACCAGAGAUCAGUAUUUGUUCUGUUGUCUGGUCCAAACUGAAGGAAACCUCUGGACACUAAAGUCAAUUCAAACUAGACCACAAAGACUCGUUUCUGAAUGUGUUUCAAUGAGCUGAACGUUAGCAGUCUGAAUGUUAGCACUCUGAACGUUAGCAGUCUGAAUGUUAGCGCUCUG